CCGCCUGCGUUGCGGAGUGGAUGGAAGGAGCUUUAAGUCACAGCAGACGAAGGCUUGACUUAUUACGGGGUUUUGCUGCUGCGCGAGUAUCGCCGUGGGCUCGUAAGAUGGUACAAACUAACUCAUUAUUGUUCUGAUCUCCAGGGUUUGAGCGUGAAGAGGCUGAAACGGAGCAAAUAUAUACACGAAUAUAACUUUUUUGCAGAACUGACCGUUAUCGGAAUAAAGGCAGAUCCUGAAGAAUGGAUACGUAUAUAAUAAAGAGAUAGGACUGCGCCACGACGGACACGGGGUUGUUCUCCUUUCCCCUGCUUUUUGUGGAAUUACAUUAAAUUUUUUAAACGUAGCUCCCGGGAUUCAUCACUUUUCUGUGGAAGUAUAUCCUUCUCAUAAAACCUGUUGCGUGCAAGGAUGGCUGGACCUAUUCUGUAUGUGCUGCUUUCAGUUCUUACUUUCUGUGGAUGGAGCAGGAGUGCGAGCUUCCCCCAAAGAUAUAAUCUCUAUUCGGGACAGAGUCAGUCUCAGUCCUUCACACAGAAUGGAGUGAAGGCAGCUAGUAGACACAGAAAUUGGUGUGCAUAUGUGGUGACACGGACAGUGAGCUGCGUGGUGGAGGAUGGAGUGGAAACCUACGUGAAACCAGAUUACCAGCCUUGUUCCUGGGGACAGAUCCAGUGCUCUCGUGUGGUGACGUACCGGACAUACAUGAGACCCAAGUAUAAGGUGGCAUAUAAGAUGGUAACAGAGAUGGAAUGGAAGUGUUGCCGUGGAUACACUGGAGAUGACUGCAGUGAGGGGCCAAAUGGAGGGUCAGACACCCAGAUCUCCACAACCAGACCACGGCCCAACCCUUCCAGUCCAGUACACACUGGUGCUGGCAGUAGCACUGGGCAAAUGGGUGGAGGAAGAGGAGAUAAUGACAAAAUUAAGCAGCUGGAAGAAAAGAUUCAGAGUUUGACUAAGAAUCUCCAGGACCUGCAGUCCACUUUGCAUGGCAUGAACAAGAAGAUUGAGGAGGAAAUACAGAAGCCUGGUUUCAGUGGAAAGACACCCGCUGAUGCUGCUCAGCCAGAGAUGAAGGAGACCAUCCACAGCAUCCAGACAAAACUAGACCAACUAGACAACAGAACACGUGCACAUGACAAAACUCUGGUCAGUAUCAACAAUCACCUUGUCAAUGGCAAGGGCAGCAGCAACAACUUGGACGACAAAAGAGGUGGUAGCUGGUUAGACACACUAAAGGAGGAGAUCCUCAGAGAACUUGAGACAAGGGUUACGCACUCCUGCUCUGCCUGCCAGUCUGGAGUAGAUGACCUCAAACAGCAGCAAGAAGAAGACCGUGAGAGGAUCCGUGCCUUGGAGAAACUUGUCUAUACCAUGAACCAACAACAUCGUCAGGCCCUCGAAAGCCUGCGGCAGGACCAGACUAACUAUCAAGACUGCUGCAAUCGUGUGGAUGACAUUAAAGGAAAUCUUGACGAUUUAGAUAGGAAGUUGAACUCAGUAUCUGAGACCUACAACCGGUUAGAUGGAGAGUUAUCUAGUGGUGCCAUUGCAAGAGAAGAUAAAUUCAAAGAUCUGUUGGGUGACCUUGAAAGGAAGCUUAACAGUACAGCACAAAAGGUAGAGGAGAAAUUUUCUUACAUGGAAAGUGACCUAAAAGAUUAUUGCCAGAGGGAACUCAGUGACACACGGAAUGUGCUUCUUGACCAUUUUGAUGAUAUGACCGCCAAAAUGCCUGAACUUGAGGUGGACAUCAAUAUCCUUAAAGACACCAUUUUUGAUCAUGAUGAACGCUUGGUCCGAAUUGAGAAUAUGACCUCUGACAUCGAUAGCAGGCUGACGUCAGCAAUGAGCACCUGCAUAGAAUCCUGCCAGCCCAAACCUGUUCCAGGAGAAGGUGAAGCUACUGAAGAUACAGUUAAAACACUGCAGUGGAAAGUCAUAGAUAACGAGGGUGCAAUCAGGAGGUUUAAUGAUAAAUUGAAGGACAUCACAAUGUCAGGAGAUUCUCUCAUGGACCAAGUUGUUGACCUUGGGCGUGAUGUCCGCAAGAUUAAGGCCCUGACUGGAGAAAAUGGGGAGCACUUUAACAGGAUAAUUACAGAAAUGGAGAACUUCGGGAGAAAUGUAGAAGACUGUGAUAUCUGCAAGUCACUAACAGAAGAGCUUAGCACAUUGAGGAACAGUACUAACAAUGCCCUUCAGAGAUGGCAGACAGACAUCAAGAACAUGCACAACAGAAUAGACUCUGAUGAAACUGCUUGCUCUCAGGUGUGCUCCAACUUGCAGGAGGAAGUGGGGAAACUGAAGGAGGACGUACAGAAGUGCAGUGGACACUGCAAGAUCAGUUUAGAAGAACCAACGGGAACAGGAGACCUUGAACCACAAAAGCCCCUAGAUGGCCAUAGCGUUGCUGGAAACUCGUUAAAUGGUAACUUGAAAUCUCUACAAGGGGAACUGUCUGGGGUCAUCUUAACAUUCACCUCCAUCAAUGAUACGCUCAAGGGCCUUGAGCACACCGUCCAAAAGCACGACAGUGUCAUUACUGACCUCAGCAACACGAAGGACAAGAUCAUCACUGAGAUAGACAAAGUCCAGCAAGAGCUGAGCGAGCACAUGGAGGACACCAGAGGUCAGUUUGACCACAUAGAUAAAGAAAUCCAGCAGUUAGGGAGGAACUUUUUAUUGGAGAUGGGUGAUUGUAAGCAGACAAAGGAUGGGUUGGAGAAGAGACUUUCCAAAAUGGAGACUGUUUGUGAUCGGCUGGACACGCUUACUGAUAACGUGCAAAAAAUAAAGGAGGGUCUAAACAAGCAUGUCACUGGACUGUGGACUUGCAUCAAUGAGCUUAAUGCUACCGUCACCUUUCACAGUGGAUUCAUUGACACAGUGUACAGCACAGAACUAAAUGGCAUUCACCGCAAAAUCAAACACCUUAACUCUUCUUUGCUUCACAUUCUCAAUGAGUUCCAGAGUUUCUCCAGCCAGGAUUAUGUGGGGCUUCCCGGUCCACCAGGCCCUAAAGGAGAGAGAGGGUACCAGGGACCCCCAGGACCGAGAGGGGCUCCAGGAAGGGACGGGCCACCGGGCAGACCAGGAAAUGAGGGUCCGAGGGGACUGCCAGGGCUGAGAGGAGAACCAGGUCUGGCUGGGGCUGAUGCCCAUGUACCGCAGUUGUCCUUCUCCGCUGCCCUAACAUACCCCAAGGUUACUUCUGGAACGAUCAUCUUUGACAAGGUCUUUGUUAAUAAGGGUGAUUUCUAUAACCCGCAAACAGGAAUCUUCACUGCACCUCUGGACGGACAUUACUUCUUCAGCGCUAUUCUGACUGGCCAAAAGAAUAUGAAAAUCGAAGCAGUCUUGUCCAAGUCUAACUACGGCGUAGCCCGUGCAGACUCAGCUGGUUACCAGCCGGAGGGUCUGGAGAACAAGCCAACGGCUGAGGUCAAGCCCAUCCCAGGGUCUCUGGCUGUCUUCAAUGUCAUCCUCCCCUUGCAGGUGGGAGACACGGUUUGCGUGGACCUUGUCAUGGGGAAGCUGGCCCAUUCUGUGGAACCACUCACUAUUUUCAGUGGAAUGCUUCUAUAUGAAGACAUGUAAGAGACAUUCAGCUAAGGGCUUCUAAGUCACAGGGACAGGGUCUUGGGAGCAAUGGACUAAAUCCAAAAUGACACAACUAGAAAUACGUUUUGAGUUCUUUUUUUGUUUGCUGUUUAACUUCACUGACAGACUUUCUGGACCGAUAAAAGGCUUGGACAUAGCAGAACCCGGAACAGACUUUACAAUAUUCUAACUGCCUUUUAAUCGGAGAAAUAUUCUAACAGAUGGCAUUGCAAAGUCUUGUUCUGUUGCCAUUAUCAUUAUUACUGUACUACAUAAAUUAUGAAUAAUCUUCAGUGCACCAAAGACGUCUUUGAAGCCUUGUCUUUGAUUAUGCAUACCUCACUUAACGGUCUUCUACAAGUUAACACCCUUAACUUGUUGGUUAUGGGCUUAAACUCCCUUGUGGGAGAAGGGGGGGGCAUGAAGAAAACUGAGCGUUUUUUUGAUGCAGCUGUUUUGGCACCAAAAAGAAAACCAAUGAAAUGGACACACUUUGCAGCAGAGGUCUUAUGGUCAAGAGCUGCUUUUGCAAGUGAAAAAGCCCAAUUUAAUAUAUCUGUGAUCUGUAACUGUAAUGGUUUCUAGUUUUUCCCCAGUCAUAAAAAAAAAUUAAAACAAGAAUGGAUGUAUCAUACUUUUGUAAGUGACCCGUAAGGAUGAUUUCUUGAACAAAAAUUAACUAAAGAGAAAGGAAUUCUAAAUAGGCAUUGGUUUCCUAAAAUAUCAAAUGACAUCAUAAAUUGAAAACUUCCUUAAAAGGUUUACCCAGAACCAGAUGUCCUACAGGAAACAGUUUAACUUGAUUUCUCUAAAGAUUAAUUUGGGGACAUAAUAGCUGUCCAACUAAUGUGUGUAACAGUACUUGUGACUUUGACGUGAUCUGUUUCGACAUUGGUGGACCCACACUGAAGUUUUUCCACUCUGUUUGUGAAGGUUUUGUCUGUACUUUACUCACAUUUAAUAUCAGAAAUCACAUCUACAUAUCAUAGAUAAAUUGGUGGAAUCUAGCAUUUCCGAAACUGUUUUUUUUCUUAGCGAUUUUAUAUUGAAACCUAACUGAGAUGUUGCCUAUAGUCUCAGUGUUGGGGAGUUCAAUAGGUAAAGUCUAGAGGAUCUUAUGGACUGUAAAAAGAGAUUGCAAAGAAAUAUGAGAAUCCUUUGUUCCACAUCCAAGAGACCACAGAACACUUUCUGAUUAUCAAGAAAAAUAAAUAUUGGUCAUCUAGAUGAUGUAACCAAUCAUUUGUCAUUGGUUUUGGUUUUACUUUCCUUAAUAGCUUAUACUAUCUGCAAUAAAAAGGAACAAAUGCAUACCAUUCCUGUAGAGUAUUACAUACCAAGUAGCUGUACAUAGUUAUUUUUUUAUGGUUCAUACAGUCUCACUGGUCUUCUAAAAUGUGUGUGUUGGUUGUUGUGUGAUUCAAUAAAAGGUAUUUAAUUUUA